AUGUCAAAUCCGGAGUCACAAUCCCCGUCCGAGCAGCGAUUGAAACCCCUGAAUCAGGAAGAAGUAUCCAGGACAAGGAGCAGCGAAGCCAGCACCAUCUUUAGCAGCAGUAACGAAGAUAAAGAAAAUAGACCUCCACCGACGACUCCUCCACAGCCACAGUUCACUCAAUAUAUUCCGGAAGAUGACAGUGAUGAGCAAGGUUACCUUAUACCAAUACCUUCAGUAGAAUACGAUGAUGAGGACCGCGUUGAAUACGGAAAGGACCCGAUAAGAUUACGAAUGGCGUUGGACUUUUUGGAACAAAGAAUGCAAGACAUUGAUGACGAGAGAAGGAGCUGGUAUGGCGAGGAUGCAGAGGAAGCAAUGGAAUAUCAGUUCAGAUUUACUCCAGACGAAAUACAAGACAGAGCGGCGGCGAGACACGGUGGGCAGACUUUUUAUCAGCACAUGGUAGAAAUUGGCCAGGCGCUGGAUUUUAAUCGUAUUGUGGGGGAUGAAACGGAAUCGCAGCUUAAUGAGAAUCUUGCGGAGAGGGAAGCAGAGUGGAGGGAUGGAACUCAUCCGGAUGCUGUACCAGAAAGCGAUCACGGCGGUGGCGACGAUCAUGGCGAUAGACAUAAUCACAAUAAUGAACAUGGUCAGGGCGAUAACCAUGAUAAGGGGGAUGAUGGAGAUGAAGAUGGAGAUAAAUGCAAUGGAAGGGGAUCAACUGAAUCGUCAGAAAGUGGACACCGAGGCGACGAUGAAGACGAAAGUAGUACAUCAUCGACGGAUAGCACCAGAUCGAUUCCGAGACCUGGGUCGGGGUCUAGGAAUCCGAAAAGAAGAAUACGAUCAAGCGGUACAUCGGAUAGUGGGAGGGCAUCAAAAGAACCAGAGACUUCUCAUCAAAGAAAUAGCGUUGAUGAAGCAGCAGCACGGCAACUUCGGUUUGACUUGCACCAGCAGCAACAACCAGAGCAGACAGAGGAAGAAUACAUACAACAACAGGAAGAUAGAUAUAGGCAAUGGAAACGGUUAUCAGAUAUUCCAGAAAGCCCACAACCAGACAAGGAGCAACAAGAAGAGUCAGAGGAAGAGAGGCAGCAACGGGGAGAGAUGAUGCUGGAGGCCCAAAGAAGGCAAUCAAACGCACAAGAACUAGAAGAGAUGCAGCAGAAUCGACAGCAUUUACGAGAUGCACUCCAAGAAUGGCGGACAAUACAGGAUACACAGCGGGGUUUGACAGAGGAGCAACAAGAAACACGGCGACAACAAAUGGGCCAGCUCUCCGCCCUACGGCGACGAAUGUGGGAGUUAGGGCAACGGCAGCACAUACAUAUGUUAGAAUCACAGAUAUUGGAUAGAGAAUGGGACGAGCAACGAUUAGACGAACAGCUUGACCAAGUACAGGGUCAACGGGAGAGUCUACGAAACCAACUACAACAACUGCAACAGUUGAUGCGUGAACGAGGAUUGAGAUUGGAUGAACAGGUACAGGAGCACGAGCAAUUAGAGGAGCUACGUAGACUAGGCCAGCAAGAGCGCCAUAUAGAACAGCGGCUACGGGAGCUGCGGCACCAGUUAGAAAAAAUAAGAGACACUUUACGCACGCAAAGACAAGGAUAUGAGAAUUAUCUACAACAGGAGCAGGAAAGAAAUGAUUCAGAGGCGAAUAAACGUGAAAAAGAGAAGUGGUACGAGUGGAACAGACAGCGUGUGGAGGGGCAACGAGAAAUCGAGGAAUGGCUACUACGUGAGCACGAUAAGCGGCAACGCGCAGACGAGAUGGAGGGACGCGAAAGCGCACAAGAAAGUGAAAGCGAGGAUAGUCCACAACAACAAGAACGAGAGCAACAGGGACAACAACAACAGAGAAGAUAUCCAGCUCAAUCACUAAAUAAGCCACCGCAAGUACCCGUUUGGUACACAAAUCUCAAAGAGAAACAGAGGCAAGAAGAAGAGGAAAAAGGACGACGACAAAACCCUCAGGACUAUCCGGCAGAAUCGCAGAAUCAACGACCGCCACCAUCUCGAUGGUUAUUGUACCCUCAACCAGCGCCGCCGCAAUCAUGGAAACAAGAGCAAGGUCAAUCGCAAUGGCCGGAUAGUGACAGUUCUUCUUCUAGCAGUCCGAUAAGGAGAAAACGGGGCACAUAUGUAGAAGACGUUGAAGAAGAAGAGGAGGAGGAGGAUCAGGAGGAAGGAUACGGAGUAUCAUCGUCAAAGAGAGCGCGAAAGGAGGGGCCAGAACCAGACCAAGUACCUGGUAUUGCAGCAGCACAAGCAGCAACGCUGGCACUACAGCGUGUCAUAGAAGAAACACCACAACGAGCUGAAGGACGACCAGCACAAACUCCAGGACAGGGUUCACGACAGCUCCUACCAGCAGCAGAGAUAAGAGAACAACAAACAUCAGAUGGAAUGCAAGUGUCAGCAAUAUUUACCAAUCCAAGAACAAGAGCAGUGAUAAGACCAGAGGGGUUCGCCGGGCGUCCACCACGAAUAAGCGGUGGAGCUUGGCUCAUAACGAAUCAGGAGGCAGUAGAUGCACGAGACAGAAUACAAGAAGAUCGAAGAACAUCUGAACUACAGGCAGAGCUAGAACAGUCUACAACGAGACCAGUAAUAGAUGAUGAUUAUGAGCCUCCGUCAUCUCCAUCUCCACCUCGACGCCCAACAAGACCGGUGCGGAGACUAUCGCCUUCAUCAUCACCGCCACCACUAGCCCUAACUUCAAAUGCUGCUCAACAACCAGCUCCAAUUGAGCCUCCAGUUAAUCAUCAACCGCCGAUUUAUUUACCCGGCCCAUCUACAACUCGAUCAACAACUUAUCCACAAGCUCCGGCUCUGGAUGAGCCAUCAGUCUUACCUCAGGUUCAACCAGCAACCAAACUUGGAGAAGCCCCUGCAGAAGAACCUACAGCAUCACAAUCACUAUCAACCCCAGAUCCAGCUGCAGAUCCAGCUCCCACCCGUAGUCCAACAAGAAGAGGCCAGACUCAAACGACUGCAACCAGCCCAAUCCUAAAGGGCAGUCGUAUCAGAAGACAAACAUCAGCGGGAAGAGAAUCCAAAGCGCAGGAGGCAGCCCGUCGUCGGCCGAGACGAGGACAAUGGCAAACGCAGCACCAGAGCCAGAUUCAGGAUCAGACUCAACCCCUAGACCAAAACCAGAUUGUGAAUCAGAAUCCCGGGCAGGCACCCGCACAAAAUACUCCUCGAUCACAACAUAUGAAUAGAACACGGAGGCGCACCCGGCCCUAUGAUGCGAUGACCUUGCGUCGUAGUACGCGGAACAGGAAGCCCCCUGACCGUUAUGUUCCUGCAGGGUGGUAG